GCAAGAGUGAUUCAUUAUUUUGAGAGCAUGAACAGGAGCAGCACGAUCACAGCUGGAGUAGCUUAAGCUGAAGGUUUGAAGCCGACAGAAGUUAAGUUUAAAAUCACGAUUCUCGAUGCUGCAAGAGGGCGAAGGCAGUCAGGUGCCGAUCCUGCUUGGUGUGGCCGUCGUGGCCGUAACAGUGGUGGUUGUCAACUUUUUACUUUGCCGCAAGAAGAAGUCUGUGAAAAAGACCCUUUUGGACCCAAACACCAAGUACCCACUGAAACUAAUUGAGAAAGAAGACAUCAGCCACGACACCAAGAGAUUCCGCUUCGAACUUCCCUCCGAAGAACAUGUUUUAGGAUUGCCAAUUGGCCAGCACAUUUACCUUUCAGCCACCGUCAACGGAAAUUUUGUGCCUCGUCCAUACACACCCGUCAGCAGCGAUGAAGACAAAGGAUAUGUUGACUUGGUCGUCAAGGUAUACCACCGUAAUGUAAACCCCAAGUUCCCUGAUGGAGGCAAAAUGAGCCAGCAUCUCAAUGAAAUGAAGAUUGGAGACAAGAUAGACGUGAAAGGACCUUCUGGAAGACUGGUCUAUGAAGGACGUGGAAAAUUCGCCAUCAAGCCAUCCCCAAGGGCAGCACCAGAGACCCAUGUGGCUAAGAAAUUAUCCAUGAUUGCUGGCGGAACUGGUAUCACUCCAAUGCUGCAACUGAUCCGCCACAUCACUCGCGACCCCAAGGACAAAACUGAGCUGCGACUUAUUUUCGCCAAUCAGACCGAAGAUGACAUUUUACUGCGAGAGGAGUUGGAGAAUGUCGCCAAAGAGCAUCCAGACCAGUUCAAAGUUUGGUACACAGUGGACCGCGCGUCUAACUCCUGGACCUACAGCACUGGUUUCGUAUCUGCCGAGUUGAUCCAGGAACAUCUGUUCCCCCCAUCCUCUGACAACCUUGUGCUGAUGUGCGGCCCCCCACCAAUGAUCAACUUUGCCUGCACCCCCAACCUGGACAAAAUGGGGUAUGAUGCCAAGAACAGGUUUGCUUACUAGCUUCAUGCACGCUUCAAUGGAGGAUCGAUGUAUGUGCCUUUAGUUUUUAUUCAAAUGUUGCAUUUUGAGUUGAGGAAUUUAUUUUUGGGAUUGCAUAAUGAAUUUACUUAAAAGAAAGAACUCGUUCGGUUGAGCUGAAUGUAGAUGCCAAAUAAAAGCAAAUCAUUUCUUUAAAUAAA